UAGCGGCCGGCCCCCAUUUCCAUUGACGUUUUCUCACGAACAAACUACCCACUCAAACACUACCCAAUAACAAGGGAACCUCCAUUGCUUUCCCCUUCCAUCGUGCCGGCCUCAACUGCUUCCCUCAACAAGGACUAGUCGAUAAUCCCAAAACUUUUUUUUUCUCUUUUGACUUUGGGUUUUGUUUCUUUCUAAUGCUCAUUAGUUCGUUUUCUUUCGAAACCAAGUCUUUUUUAGCCAUACCCGGUUUUCAGAUUCUUCUUCUUUUGAACGUCUGGCAAUGGCUACGGCAAGCUCUGGUUUGAGACCAGCACAAAGGGCUGAAAGGCAAAGGAUUUCUCAUCAACAACAGGGGUUUCUCCAUGGUGGGAAUUCGUUGACGAGAAGUUCGAUUAGUGGGCAAAGCUCUGUUCGUUCAAAAGACAAUGCUAAACCUCUUCCUUCUCCUCCUCCUAGACGUUCAAUUACUCCACAUUCUAGUUCUCACUCUAGGGACUUUGAUGAUGACAAUGAUCCUGGAAGGGUGAGAGUUGCUGUAAGACUUCGGCCAAGAAAUGCCGAAGAUCUUUCGGAAGCUGAUUUUGCUGACUGUGUUGAAUUGCACCCUGAGCUGAAGCGGUUGAAGUUGCGUAAAAACAACUGGAAUUCGGAAUCUUACAAAUUCGAUGAAGUCUUCACAGAAACUGCUUCUCAGAAGCGUGUUUAUGAAGUUGUAGCAAAACCUGUAGUCGAGAGUGUAUUGAGUGGUUAUAAUGGGACAGUUAUGGCCUAUGGCCAAACAGGCACCGGCAAGACUUUUACACUUGGAAGACUCAGUAAAGAUGAUGCAUCUGAACGUGGUAUUAUGGUUAGAGCUGUUGAGGACAUACUGUCCAACAUAUCGCUUGCUGAUACAGUGGAAGUCUCCUAUUUGCAGUUGUAUAUGGAAUCUAUUCAAGAUCUGCUUGCACCAGAAAAGACAAAUAUCCCCAUUAAUGAGGACCACAAGACUGGUGAAGUGUCAUUGCCUGGCACUGUUACAGUUAAGGUUCGAGAUCUAGAUCAAUUUCUAGAGCUACUACAGAUUGGCGAGGCUAAUCGUCAUUCAGCUAAUACAAAUCUAAAUACAGAAUCUUCUCGUAGCCAUGCAAUUCUUAUGGUUUUUAUCCGGAGAUCUGUCCCUGAAAUAGUGGAAGAUGAUAUUAGUUCUCAAGAUAUGAAAACAAAAAGCAAUUUUCCUCUGGUUAGGAAAAGCAAGUUGCUAAUCGUGGAUCUUGCAGGUUCUGAAAGAUUGGACAAAUCUGGCAGUGAAGGCAUAUUGCUUGAAGAGGCUAAGUUCAUUAAUCUCUCUCUUACUUCGCUGGGCAAAUGCAUAAACGCAUUAGCUGAGAACAGUCCACAUAUACCUACAAGGGAUUCUAAACUUACAAGAUUGCUUCGUGAUUCUUUCGGAGGCUCUGCAAGGACUUCACUUAUAAUAACAAUAGGGCCAUCUUCACGACAUCAUGCGGAGACCACUAGCACAAUAAUGUUUGGGCAGCGGGCUAUGAAAAUUGUAAACAUGGUAAAGCUUAAAGAAGAGUUUGAUUAUGAAAGUUUAUGCCGGAAGCUUGAGACUCAAGUAGACCAUCUUACUGCAGAAAUCGAUAGGGAACAGAAAUUGAGGGAGAAGGAGAAAAAUGAUUUGCAAAAACAACUAAAGGAUUGUUGUGAUUCUUUAAAUGAGACGAGAAAGAAUCUAGUCACUAGGUCUGAGUUUUUAGAGAAGGAAAAUAUUCGCUUGGAGUUGGACCUUAAAGAGAUUUUAGCUGAAUUAAACUGCCAGAAAGAUCAGAACUCUUUGUUGCAAGAUAAAAUUGCAAAUUUGAAAAUGAGUAUAAAACAGAACAAGCAACAUCAGCUUGAAAAUUCUACAUACCAGAAAGUCCUGGCUGAUACCACUCAGAUGUAUGAGAAAAAGAUAGCUGAGUUGAUCAAGCAGCUACAAGUCGAGCGAGCCAAGUCCGGAAGUGUUCGAGAACAGUUAGAUGCAAUGAAGAAGCUUUCAGAUGACCAUAAAAAAUUAAUACAGCAACAUGAGAUGGAGAAUUCUAAACAUCAGAAGGCUCUAGCUGACACUACUCAGAUGUAUGAAAAGAAACUAAUGGAGUUAACUAAGCAAUUAGAAGACGAGCACACCAGGUUUGAAGGUGCACAAGAACAAUUGGAUUUGGCAAACAUGCUGCUAACAGAUUAUCAAAACUCGACGCAGGGGCAGGAAGAAGCCAGUGAAAUGAAAUUGAAGUUAGAAGAAAUGUAUUGGCUUCAUGAAUCUACUGUAAAUGAACUACAAUCCCUGAAAGCAGAACUUAAAGAUCAGAUUCAAGAGAAGGAAGCAAUUUGUGAAAAGCUUAACGACGUGCAAGAAAAACUGUCAGCAGAAGAGAAACGGAGGAAGGCUAUUGAGUACGAGCUCAUAAAUCUUAAAAAAAGUACACCCGAAUGUGAUAAAGAUUUCGAGGAUAAGAAGUCAUACAUGAAGGAAAAUACCCGAGGAACUUCAAUGUUUGGGACCUCAGCAAGCUUCAAUAGAUCGGGCACAUUAAGGGCCACACAAUCUUCUCAGAGGGCUACAAUUGCAAAAAUAUGUGAAGAAGUUGGGCUUCAAAAAAUAAUACAAUUGUUAACCUCUGAAGACACAGAUGUGCAAAUCCAUGCCGUGAAAGUCAUAGCCAAUCUUGCUGCUGAAGAUGUUAACCAGGCGACGAUUGUGGAGGAAGGCGGUUUAGAUGCUCUGCUUACAAUGUUGAGAUCAUCUCAAAACGCAACCGUACUUAGAGUGGCUUCCGGAGCCAUUGCUAAUUUGGCAAUGAAUGAGAUGAAUCAAGGCCUGAUAGUGAGCAAAGGAGGUGCUCAGUUACUAGCAAAGACAGCUUCUGAAAAAGAUGAUCCGCAAACUCUUAGAAUGGUAGCCGGGGCACUUGCCAAUUUAUGCGGAAAUGAAAAACUACACGAAAUGCUAAAAGAAGAUGGAGGAAUCAAGGCAUUGCUGGGAAUGGUUAGAUCAGGGAAUAGUGAUGUGGUUGCACAGGUUGCUAGAGGACUGGCUAACUUUGCAAAAUGUGAAUCCCGAGCAAUAGUUCAAGGACAUCGCAAAGGCCGUUCACUUCUAAUGGAAGAGUGUGCACUUGAAUGGUUAAUCGCCAACUGUAACAUCGCAUCGGCUUCAACCCGACGUCAUGUCGAGCUGGCCCUUUGUCAUUUGGCUCAAAAUGAGGACAAUGCCAAGGACUUUCUAUCGAUUGGAGGAUUACGAGAGCUUCAACGGAUAUCAAUGGAAUCAAGCCGAGAGGAUAUCUGUGAUUUGGCGAAGAAGAUGCUGAAAUCAAACAUGGUGUUUCAGGGUGAGAUGCGUUCGGGAUGGCACUAAGAUGCACGUACAUUAUUUUAAUGCCCCGCAAUUUGUUUAUGUAUCUGCAAGUAACUAGACCUUCUAUUAUUGU